AUGAGGAGUCUCAGCCAGAGCCAGGGGGAGUCUUUGCCGCCAGCACACACGGGCACCUACCGCACGAGCACAGCCCCAUCUUCCCCUGGUGUCGACUCCGUCCCCUUGCAGCGGACUGGCAGCCAGCAUGGUCAGCAGAACCCCGCAGCAGCCACCUUCCAGAGAGCCAGCUAUGCCGCCGGUCCAGCCUCCAAUUACUCAGACCCCUACCGACAGCUGCCCUAUUGUCCUUCUGUGGAGUCUCCAUACAGCAAAUCCGGCCCAGCCCUGCCACCUGAAGGCACCUUGGCCAGGUCUCCGUCCAUUGAUAGCAUCCAGAAGGACCCCAGAGAAUUUGGGUGGAGAGACCCGGAGCUGCCGGAAGUCAUCCAGAUGUUACAGCAUCAGUUUCCUUCAGUCCAGUCUAAUGCUGCCGCCUAUUUACAACACCUCUGCUUUGGAGACAAUAAAAUUAAAGCCGAGAUAAGGCGACAAGGAGGCAUACAGCUCCUGGUGGACCUACUGGACCAUCGGGUGACGGAAGUCCACCGUAGUGCCUGUGGAGCUCUGAGGAACUUGGUGUAUGGGAAAGCCAAUGAUGAUAAUAAAAUCGCCCUGAAAAAUUGCGGAGGUAUCCCAGCGUUGGUGAGGCUUCUCCGCAAGACUACGGACCUGGAGAUCCGGGAGCUGGUCACAGGAGUCCUUUGGAACCUCUCAUCAUGCGAUGCCCUCAAAAUGCCCAUCAUCCAGGAUGCCCUGGCAGUGCUGACCAAUGCAGUGAUCAUUCCCCACUCGGGCUGGGAGAACUCGCCUCUGCAGGAUGACCGGAAAAUCCAGCUGCAUUCAUCCCAGGUGCUUCGCAAUGCUACCGGGUGCCUAAGGAAUGUGAGUUCGGCUGGAGAGGAGGCCCGCCGCAGGAUGCGGGAAUGUGAUGGACUCACAGACGCGUUGCUGUACGUGAUUCAGUCUGCCCUGGGAAGCAGCGAGAUUGAUAGCAAGACCGUUGAAAACUGUGUGUGCAUCCUAAGGAACCUCUCCUACCGGCUCGCAGCAGAGACCACUCAGGGACAGCACAUGGGCACGGACGAGCUGGAUGGACUGCUGUGUAGCGAGGCCAACGGCAAGGACGCAGAGAGUUCCGGGUGCUGGGGCAAGAAGAAGAAGAAAAAGAAAUCCCAGGACCAGUGGGAUGGAGUAGGACCUCUUCCAGAUUGUGCAGAACCACCAAAAGGGAUCCAAAUGCUGUGGCACCCAUCAAUAGUCAAACCCUACCUCACACUGCUCUCCGAGUGCUCAAAUCCAGACACGCUGGAAGGGGCGGCAGGUGCCCUGCAGAACUUGGCUGCAGGGAGCUGGAAGGGCUGGGCUGAGGAUGUGGCAGGCAUGGCGUAUGCCCUACAGUCACUGCCAGAGGGGGCUCCCUGCCUGCCACAGUGGUCAGUGUACAUCCGAGCUGCUGUCCGGAAAGAGAAAGGGCUGCCCAUCCUCGUGGAGCUGCUGCGAAUAGACAAUGACCGUGUGGUGUGUGCCGUGGCCACAGCCCUGCGGAACAUGGCCUUGGACGUCAGAAAUAAGGAACUCAUCGGUAAAUACGCCAUGCGAGACCUUGUCCACCGGCUGCCUGGUGGGAACAACAGCAAGGCCAUGUCAGAUGACACAGUGACUGCCGUCUGCUGUACACUGCAUGAGGUGAUCACCAAGAACAUGGAGAAUGCCAAGGCCUUACGGGACGCCGGUGGCAUUGAGAAGUUGGUCGGCAUCUCCAAAAGUAAAGGAGACAAACAUUCUCCAAAAGUGGUCAAGGCAGCAUCUCAGGUCCUCAACAGCAUGUGGCAGUACCGCGAUCUGAGAAGCCUCUACAAAAAGGAUGGAUGGUCACAAUAUCACUUUGUAGCCUCAUCUUCCACCAUCGAGAGGGAUCGGCAAAGGCCCUACUCUUCCUCCCGCACGCCCUCCAUCUCCCCCGUGCGUGUGUCUCCCAACAACCGCUCAGCAAGUGCCCCAGCCUCACCUCGGGAAAUGAUCAGCCUCAAAGAAAGGAAACCAGACUAUGAAUCUACUGGUAGCAAUGCUACUUACCACGGAAAUAAAGGCGAACAUGCUUCCCGGAAAGACACCAUGACAGCUCAGAAUACUGGAAUUUCAACUUUGUAUAGGAAUUCAUAUGGUGCGCCCGCUGAAGACAUCAAACACAACCAGGUUUCCGCACAGCCCGUCCCACAGGAGCCCAGCAGAAAAGAUUACGAGACCUACCAGCCGUUUCAGAAUUCCACGCGCAAUUACGAUGAGUCCUUCUUUGAGGACCAGGUCCACCAUCGCCCUCCCGCCAGCGAGUACACCAUGCACCUGGGACUCAAGUCCACUGGCAAUUACGUCGACUUCUACUCAGCUGCCCGUCCCUACAGUGAACUGAACUAUGAAACAAGCCACUACCCAGCCUCCCCCGAUUCCUGGGUGUGA